AUGAGCACUACUUUUAAUAAAGUAUUCCCUAAUUAUACCUGCUUUGACCGUAACAAUUUAUCAGCAACUACUAAUGCUAAUGAGGAGGAAAAUCCCAAUAUUGAAAAAGCUAGUAAAGCUGAGGAAAAUAAUUCUAGAGAUACCACUAUUGACGAAAGCAACUCAGACUCUAACAGCAGAUCUAAUCUAGAAUCUUAUUCAAGAUCUUCCUGUGUCAUAGAUGAAGAAUCGUCAUUUGGUAAUGAUUCUCAAGUAUUUCUUGAAUCAGAUUCACCAUUAUCGUCAAAACCAGCUAUUAGUUCAAAAACUAAUUCUAGAAGUUCUUUAAAUCAAUAUUCUCCAAACGGGUCAUUUCAAAAUCUAAGAAGUUUUUCAGCUCAACUAUCCAAAACAGACAAUGAGGCAAAUCCCACAGAUAGCCACCUUUCAGAUAAUAAAUCCGGUAAAGAAAGUCGUUCUUCACAUGUUAGGUUUCUACCUGUAGAUACGAGUCCUUCUCCAUCAUCAUCAACUGUUCCGAAACUUUGUAACUCAUCUUUACCUACAGAAAUUUAUCCCAAUAACAAGGCUUCUAAGGAAGAUACUUAUAAAGAUAUAAAUUCUACAGACAAGAAUAUUAAAAACAUUAAUAACAACCAAGAUAUCCAUGGUACUGAAAUCUCAGAUCAAAAUGAUAGUUCAAAAGAUUUAUGGUGUCAAAGAAGAAGAAUGUCUUCUCUAAAUGAAUUCUAUGAUCCCUUUUCUAAUGCAGAAAUAUAUUGUGGCCCUGCUCCUGACCCUAAAAAAGAACAUCCAGAGAAUAUUUCAAAAAUUGAUACAGAUGAUUUGAGUCCAAUGACGAAAAAAAAAUUAACUAGAACAAGAACUAUGAGUACAUUUGAUAAAGUUUCAAAUUUCAAGAGUAAACAUCCACGAAGUUAUGAAUUGAAGAGAAGAGGCUCAGAAGAUGAAUCAUCUGCUACAAAUAAAGGCUCAAGAAAAUUAUAUAUUGAGAAUGUAGAUAAAACUUUAGAAGACUUACUUACGUAUGAAGAUACUGAUAGGAAUUAUCAGAUUACAGUUGAAGAUACUGGUCCUAAAGUUCUAAAAGUGGGAACAGCAAAUUCUUGGGGUUAUAAUUACGUGGACAUUAGAGGUACAUAUAUGUUAUCAAAUCUUUUGCAAGAAUUAACAAUUGCGAAGAGCUACAAUCGUCACUCAAUUUUUUUGGAUGAAGCACGUUUGAAUGAAAACCCUGUUAGUAGACUAACUAGGCUGAUUAGCACUCAAUUUUGGAAUAAUUUGACAAGGAAGAUACAUCUGGAUAAUAUUGGUGAAAUUGCGUUGGAUACCAAAAUAACAUUGCCUGGUGCUAAAGUUCCAAGAGUGUAUGUUCCUUAUAAUUGUUCCAAACAAUAUGAAUUUUAUAUUCAGACUUCACGGAUGCAUCCUUCAAUGAAGUUAGAGGUCGAGUAUCUUCCGGAGAAAAUAACACCAGAAUACGUUAAAUCAAUUAAUGGAACACCAGGCUUAUUAGCAAUUGCUAUGGAAGAACAUUUCGAUCCUUCAACUGGUGAACUUACAAUGACGGGCUAUCCAUAUUGUGUUCCUGGUGGUAGGUUUAACGAAUUGUACGGUUGGGAUUCCUAUUUAAUCGCUUUGGGUUUGCUUGAAAAUGGUAAAACGAGUAUUGCAAGAGGUAUGGUUGAACAUUUUAUCUUCGAAAUUGAACAUUAUGGAAAAAUCUUGAAUGCUAAUAGGUCUUACUACUUGUGUAGAUCCCAACCUCCUUUUUUGACGGAUAUGGCACUAAAAGUUUUUAAUAAGAUGGGAGGCAACUCAAAUUCAACUGCUGUUCAUUUCAUAAAGCGUGCAUACAAAGCUGCUAUCAAAGAGUAUAAAACAGUAUGGAUGUCAGAGCCAAGGUUAGAUAAAAAAACUCGAUUAUCCUGCUAUCAUCCUGAUGGUAUUGGAAUUCCUCCAGAAACUGAACCAUCCCAUUUCGAUACAAUACUAACGCCAUUUGCCUUAAAACAUGCAAUUUCAUUGGAAGAGUUUAGAGAUAAAUAUAACAAUGGAGAAAUCAUAGAGCCAGAUUUAGACGAAUUUUUCUUACAUGAUCGUGCCGUAAGAGAGUCAGGGCAUGAUACUACUUAUAGGUUUGAAGGUGUCUGUGCAUACUUGGCAACUAUCGAUCUUAAUUCUUUAUUAUAUAAAUAUGAAAUGGAUAUUGCAGAUUUCAUAGAGAAGUUUUACGACGGCUCGUUCACAGAUUUGAAUGAUAGUUCAGUAACAACUGGAGAUGAUUGGAGAAAUUUGGCAUCCUUAAGAAUACAAAGAAUCAAUAAAUAUCUUUGGGAUGAAAACACAGGCUUUUAUUAUGACUACAAUGUCAAAUUAGAACAACGCACAUCCUACGAAUCUGCGACCACAUUUUGGUCAUUAUGGGCAGGUCUUGCCUCUCAACAACAAGCUAACCUUAUGGUUGAAAAAGCCCUUCCUAAAUUGGAAGUUCUGGGAGGGUUAGUGGCAUGUAGUGAAAAUUCUAGAGGCCCGUUAUCCAUAAAUAGACCAUCAAGACAAUGGGAUUACCCAUAUGGUUGGGCACCCCAUCAAAUAUUUGCAUGGGAGGGUCUUAAAAAUUAUGGCUUCCUUGGAGUAUCAAAACGAUUAGCUUACCGCUGGCUGUACAUUAUGACAAAAGCUUUUGUAGAUUAUAAUGGAAUUGUGGUCGAGAAGUAUGAUGUCACUCGUGGUAAUGAUCCACAUAAAGUUGAUGCAGAGUACGGAAAUCAAGGUGCUGAUUUUAAGGGUGUCGCAAAGGAAGGAUUUGGUUGGGUGAAUUCAAGUUAUAUACUAGGUUUAAAAUACAUGAACGGCCAUUCAAGAAGGGGCCUUGGUUCUUGCAUUCCUCCUGUUCCAUUUUUUAACAGUCUAAAACCUAACGAAAAAGAAGGUUAUGGUCUUUCAUCUUAA